AUGCAGGUGUAUGCGGUGUAUGGUUUCCCAGAGGCACAGAAUAAAUGGAGGACUUGGCACAUGAUUCGCCGGGUGAGACCGGUAGAUGUGGUCCCUUGGUUGUGUAUUGGUGACUUUAAUGAUAUUCUUUCCCCGUUGGACAAGCUUGGGGGUGACCCACCUGACUUAGGUCGGAUGCAAGUGGCAAACCAAGCUUGUGCUGAUUGUGGGCUAUCUAGGGUGGACGCCUCAGGGAAUCCUUUCACUUGGGUGAAUAAUCGAACCGGGGUUGGUAGAGUGGAAGAACGACUUGACUAUGUGCUGAUUAAUAGAGCUUGGGAGGAGCUGUGGCCUUUUACUCGGGUGUCCCAUUUGAUCCGGCACCAAUCGGACCAUAGUCCUAUUGUGUUUCAUUGUGGCACUCGUAGGAUGGAGAUAAGACGCCAUAGAACAAGGAUGUUUCGGUUUGAAGAGCUUUGGUUAGAGAGUGGGAAUGAAUGUGCAGAGAUUGUAGCGGAAGGAUGGAGUAGACCACACACCUCUCUUCUAGGGAAGAUUGAUGUGGUUGGGCAACACUUGAAAUCAUGGGGGAGUGAAAAGUAUGGGGAUCUACCAAAGAAAAUUGCAGACUCAAAGAAGCAUCUCCAACGCCUUCAAGGGGGUGUGCAAACAGAUUCAGUGAUCACAGAGGCCAAACAAGUUGAGCGGAACUUGGAUGACCUACUCAAGCAGGAAGAGAUCUUCUGGGGCCAAAGGUCAAGGGCGAACUGGCUCAAACAUGGGGAUAGAAAUACAAGAUUUUUCCAUACAAAAGCUACCCAGAGGCGAAAGAGGAAUUUGAUAGAGGAAAUUAAAGAUGAUCAGGGUAGAUCAUUUGAGAAGAAUGUUGACAUUGCACGGGUUCUUCAGAAAUACUUUGAGGAUAUCUUCACUUCAUCAAAUCCCUCCGGGGUUGACGAAGUAGCCACAUUGGUUGGGGGUCGGGUCACUGAGGCUCAUAGGAGAAUCCUCUCUACACCUUUUACUCGCGAUGAGGUUGAGGAGGCCCUCUUCCAGAUGCAUCCCAUAAAGGCGCCAGGUUUAGAUGGUUUUCCAGCUCUGUUUUAUCAGAAGUUUUGGAAUAUUGUUGGUGAUGAUGUGACAGAUUUUUGUCUUCAGGUUCUCCGGGGCGAGGCCUCUCCAGAGGCCCAAAGUGCUUUUGUUCCGGGUCGGUUAAUUACAGAUAAUGCUUUACUUGCGUUUGAAUGCUUCCAUUACAUGAAGAAGCGAGUAACAGGAAGGCAAGGCAUGAUGGCUCUUAAGCUUGACAUGUCUAAGGCAUAUGACCGAGUGGAGUGGCCUUUCUUAAAAAGUAUUCUCACCCAUAUGGGGUUUCCAUUGCAAUGGGUUGAGCUUAUAAUGACAUGUGUUACUACUGUGAAUUUUUCUAUUAUGGUUAAUGGUAACCCGCAACCAACUAUCGCACCUCACCGAGGUUUGCGACAAGGAGAUCCUCUCUCCCCUUAUCUUUUCAUUUUAUGUGGUGAAGCUUUUUCAGCUCUUAUUCAGCGUGCUAUGUCUGAGUCUGCUUUACAUGGUAUUAAAAUUGCUCGUUCUGCUCCUGUCAUCUCACAUCUUUUGUUUGCAGAUGACAGUGUACUAUUUUCCCGGGCAUCUCUUGAGGAAGCACAGUGUAUAAAAAACAUUCUUGCAACCUAUGAGCGUGCUUCUGGGCAAGUGAUCAAUUUGGACAAGUCCAUGCUUUCAGUUAGCCGAAAUGUGCCAGAGAACUGUUAUUAUGAGCUUCAACAGCUUUUGGGAGUAAAGGCAGUAGAAAGCUAUGACAAGUACUUGGGGCUCCCUACUAUCAUUGGGAAGUCUAAAAACCAAAUUUUCCGGUUCGUUAAGGAACGAGUAUGGAAGAAACUCAAAGGAUGGAAAGAGCGUACACUCUCUAGGGUAGGUAGAGAGGUGUUGAUCAAAGCUGUGGCACAGGCAAUACCGUCAUAUGUUAUGUCCUGUUUCAUUUUGCCAAAUGGUUUAUGUAAUGAGAUUGAAGGUAUGAUUUCACGUUUUUAUUGGGGUGGUGAUGUGACCCGAAGAGGUAUGCAUUGGGUUAAGUGGAGUACUCUUUGCCAGCCGAAGUUGAAUGGUGGUCUUGGAUUCCGGGAUUUUAAAUCUUUCAACCUAGCCCUCGUGGCGAAAAAUUGGUGGCGAAUCCAUAACCAUCCAGAUUCCCUCCUUAGUAGGGUAUUCAAGGCAAUUUAUUUUCCGAGGGGCAACAUGAUUGGAGCCAGAAAAGGCUAUCGUCCGAGUUAUGCCUGGACAAGCAUCUGGAAAACAUCUGAUUUGGUUCAGAGAGGGACUUCAUGGCGCAUAGGUAAUGGUUUGAAUGUCCGAAUUUGGGAGGAUCGUUGGCUUCCUCAUGGCUCGCCCAUUAACUUUAGGCAUGAUGUGGUGGAAGAGCUUAAGCUUGAGACGGUUGCUCACCUUAUCCAACCUGGGGCUAGUGUUUGGAACAAAGAGUUGAUUGAAUGGACUUUCUGUCCUGCUACUGCAAAGAAUAUUUUGGCGGUCCCUUUACCUCUUCAUCCAGCUGAAGAUUUGCUGUUUUGGGAGCACACUUCUGAUGGGCUCUACACGGUGAGUUUUGGCUAUGAUUUCCUUCAGAGUUCAGCAAGUCAGGCAUCCCCAUCUUCCUCAAGCUCAUCCUCUGCUGGUUUGGAUGUGGGCCUUUGGAGAAAAUUCUGGAAAUCGAGCUCUAUCCCGCGGGUGAAGGAGGUUGUUUGGCGGAUUUGCGUGGAUGCUAUUCCCACGCGUGCAAGCCUCAGGAGGAGGUCCUUGGAUGUUGAUCCCAGUUGCCCGGUGUGUGGUCAAGAGGAGGAGAGUGCCAGCCACUUGUUCCUGCAGUGUCCGCUUGCUCGUGGCUGCUGGUUUGUGCAUCUUGGGGUUCAUGUGGAAGCUGGAAUGGAGAUUAUGGACUUCAUGAGAGCUGUGCUUAGGGAGCGUGAUAGCUGGGUAAUUUCUCAGGUACAGACUGUGUUGUAUUGUUUAUGGGAGGCGCGGAAUAGGUGGCUUUUCGAGGAACGGCGGGCGGAUUGCCAAACGGUGUUGGAUCGGGUUGCCGCGUUAGGUGUUCCAGCGGCGAUAGCACGGGUCGACGCGCGCCAAGAGCGGACGGGCAUAGGGACUUGGACACGGCCAGCAGCUGAUAUAGUCAAGGUAAAUGUGGAUGCUUCUCUUGGUGAUGACAUGUUUGUUGGGUUGGGUUUGGUAGCUAGAGAUGAGCAAGGUGAAAUUUUGGCAGCAGCUUCUUCAUAUCCCACGGUAGCAGCUUCUUCGACUGAGGCGGAGGCCCUUUGUCUCCGUUGGGCCAUGCUUUUAUCUUCAGAGUUAGGCUUCAGGCGUGUCCAGAUUGAGACGGAUAGCUUACAGUUAUUCCAUGCUUGGAAUAGGGGUGUUGGAAGGUCUCUUUUAUUUUCUGUUGUUCAAGACUGUAAGGGUCUGUUGAAUUUGUUUGAUUAUGUUGCUUUAUCUUUUAUUCGUAGGCAGGGAAACACUUGUGCUGAUUUUAUGGCCCGGAACGCCUCUACCCUCUCAGAUGUUGUUUGGAUAGAGGAAGGUCCCCCGGGUUUGUAUGGCCUUCUUCAGGCGGAUAUUUUGGCUUCUAUGCCGGCUAUGAUUUAA